UAGUCCGUAACUGUGCUCUCGCGCUCACGGGCGCCGUGGAGAACCGGUAAUGACGUGAAAGUGCAUCCACGAGCGAGAAGGCAGGCAGCGAGCGAGUAAGCAAGCAAACAGGCAGGCAGGCAGGCAGGCAGGCCACCGUUCUCCUAGCAGUCUCGCCUCGUCCAGGACAAUCCCCUGGAUCGCGGUUGGCCCCGUAGCUGGAGAAAUUGUCUGCCUCACGACGAUCAAAGUGCUCGCCUGACCGAGGUGGCGAACGUCUCGUUCGCCGCGCGAUCGCUCAGUCGCCUCCUUUCCUCGAGUGCGUUUUCGCCGCAGCUGCGACCCGACCCAGCCGGCUCGCACCUGCGAUACUUUCGACACCGGCGACACGUGUGUGCUCGAGACGGUGUUUGGCUUUUCUCCCCCCCCUCCCCCUCCGACGACAAGGGUAGGAAGUGCGCGUCUCGUGACCGCGCGGGACGAUCCUACGGAGGAUUCUGUGAGAAACCGCGCACAGUGCUCGGCCCACCGGCUUUUCCGCCGAUCGGAGUGAUUGUGGUAACCUCGUCCACCACGUUGGAUAAUUCACGCACGGGAGCGGCCAUCUACGCUCGGAAAAGAGAAGCAAGCGAGAGGCGUGAGGGAAGAAAUGCGCUUUGAUAACCCCCGCCGUCGCGGCUGCUGAGAUCCGCUGAAACAGAUCGCAAGAGACCGAAAGAGACCAAAUCGUCAUCCCCGAGUGGUCAUCCGAAGUCAUCGCGGCGAAGACACGCGCGCGCUCCCGAGGCAGCGAAUUCACGAUGAUCCUCGCGGCUGCCGCGGCCAGCCGAGUCCUGGGAGAGCGCUGAUGAAGCGCGCCAGCAACAGCGGGCAGAAAAAAUGACCGUCGCGAUGGAGCACAAGCGGAAGAGCUCGUGGGAUUCGAAGAUCUCGGUGAGCACGGUGAGUACCAGAAGAUUCAGCCGAGCCGGGACACCAAGCUCCAUCUUGUCUUCCGACAGCGACAUCCGCUUCACCAGGAAACUCGGCGGCCAAUAUCGUUGCGGAUGCUGCGUUCUCGCCGCCUUCCUGCUCUUCCUCCUCUUCUCGGGCGUCUCCAUAUAUCUUGGCUACACGUUCCUCACGUCGGACCCGCCCGGCGAUCAGGUAUUCCUCGCGACGUUCCGAGUUACCAAGGGUGACUCCUUCACCGCGGAGCUGGCAGAUCCCACCACCGAGGCCUUCCGGCUGCGAUCGCGGGAGUAUCGCGAUCGGCUGAAUCUCAUCUUCCGUCGCAGCUGGCUGAAGCUAUCAUUCCUCUCAGCGGACGUCCUGGCGCUUGACGGGACUGAAGGACGCGACUUGGUGGUGCACUUCGAUGUGAAGUUCGACCCGCGAUACCAGACGAUAACCACCGGCAAUAUUGUGGAUAUUCUAUCACGGGAGUUGAGCCCGGAAACUUCGCGGUACCUCGCGAACCUGACGAUAGAGGCGAAGAGCCUUGAGGUGCAGGAGAGCCUGAAAGCCCUUAACGCGCAGUUCAGCCCGCAAUCGACCGUCUCGACGUUACCGCCGACGACGACAGCCCCUCCGCCGAGGAGAUGCAGCAAACUGGACCUGGGCUACUGCAAACAUCUGCCGUACAAUAUCAGCUCGUAUCCGAAUACAUUGGGACACCGGUCGCUGGCAGAUGUUGAGGAAGAUGUCAUCGCUUUUAGGGAGCUGGUGGACGCGGAAUGCUAUCCGUUGGCCUACGACUUCGUCUGCCAGGUAUUGCAGCCCGCGUGUCGAUCGAGUCAGCCGGAGGACCUGCUGCAACUGCCUUGUCGCAGCUUCUGCAGGGAGUUCUGGAACGGAUGCGGCAGUCGACUUCCUGAGAAGAUUAAACGCUCCUUAGAUUGCUCCAAUUUCCCGGAGUACGUUGACCCUGGUAGUUGCAGGCCGAAACCAGGAUGCGUCCAAGCGCUUCAAUCGAAGGCGCUGUCGCCGAGGAUUUGCGAUGGAGUGAUCGACUGCCCGGAUCUCUCGGACGAGAAGAAUUGCGCCUAUUGUCGAGACGGCUACAUGCACUGCGGAGUGGGAAGAACCUGCAUACCGCACGCGAAACGGUGCGACGGCAAAGCGGACUGUCCGAAUGGCAGCGACGAGAAGGACUGCCUGUCUUUGGCACCGAGCGUUCAUGCGUUACGAUCGCAAUUGUGGAGCACCCCGCACGCCGCAAGGUACAAUAAAGAGGGCUACGUUGUGUUCAACGAAAAGGGCACCGUCGGGAAACUUUGCACGGCAAACUUGAACGCCACCCUCCCAGACACCGAGAUGGAUAAUGUUUUGCAAACGGCAGCGAGUUCGUUGUGCACUUUGCUCACGUACACCGGUGUGGCUUCCGUUGAAGUGAGAAUUGACGAUGAAGAGGAUGUACCAUACGUAUACAUGGAAGAUCCAUCAGCGCCGGAAAUUACUUUCGUCAGGGCUCCUUGUCCCAGUAAGGAAGUGCUGUACGUUCGAUGCUCUGAUCUCGAAUGCGGGGUGCAACCUUUGCGCAACAACGGUGGUACCGAAGGUCUCAAUAAAAUGGCAGAACCCGGCGACUGGCCCUGGCAUGUCGCGCUCUUCAAGGAGGGAGUUCAUGUUUGCGACGCCACUCUUGUGGCGGAUAACUGGUUGCUCACGACCGCGUAUUGUUUCCAAGGCCAACCAAAAGCGGAGUGGUCGGCCAGACUUGGCGUCGUACGACUCUCGAGCACUUCGCCUUGGCAACAAGAACGCAGAAUCGUCGGCAUGAUUAAAUCACCGGUGGAAGGCACGACCGUUCUGGUGAAAUUGGACAGACCGGUGACGACCUUUUCGGACUUCGUGAGACCGGUUUGCCUGCCCUCCAGCGAAGAUCCACCGAGCAACGCGUCGCAAUGCAAUACUCUCGGCUGGGCUAGAAACCGCGAUUUGCUGCAAAGGGUACAGCUCAAACAUAGCGCGAUGGAGAGGUGUGAAAACAUUAGCAUCCCGUCGGUAAACAGUGUUUGCACCGAGCAGGCGUACUCCAUGGACGAUUGUAACGAGGAGGAGCUCGCCGGCAGUCCAAUGCUGUGCCUUCAAGCAGACAGUCGGAAAUGGGCACUGACUGGCAUUGGCAGUUGGAGGAUAGCCUGUUCGAAGGAUGGCCUCGAGAGACCUCGACUGUACGACAAAAUUUCGUCGCAUAUUGACUGGAUUAGGUCCACUAUCGCCUGAGACUUCGAGUUUAUUGUUCGACAAAUAUCGUUGGACGAGAGCUCGCAACAUUCAUUGCAUUCCAAACUGGAACUGAUACCGAGAGGAACAAAAUUGUGAUAGAAAUUGCUAAUUUGUUACGCGAUACCGUUAUCGUACGCUAACAGACAAUCACAUUCGUCGCUGCUAUCAGCGCGCUGCUUCGUCGGAUACGAAGAAAUCGUAUUCUGCGUUCUUGUAAAUAUAAGUAUCUUAAUCUAGGACAUGAAAGUCCUUUGUUACCGUGGCAUAAUUUUUUAACUUAUUUCUCUUGUCCUAUAUAUGUAUGUAGAAUGAAAAAAUGUGUAUAUAUAUAUAUAUAUAUAUACAUUUAUUGCUCUACAUAUGUAUACAUAAUCGCUUUGUAUC